AUGUGGUGUGGACAAAAGUUUCGAAAUCAUCUGGAUGAAAAUGAAUAUGGAGAAACCGUCCAACUACUUAGCUCAAGUGAAGUCAAAGAGUGUUCGGAGUGGGCCAUUAAAACAAUAAAAUCUGGCUAUUUAGCGCUUUCUACCACCACCUCGACAAACUUUUGGAAUAAUAAUUUAUUCCGAACUAAUGUCAUUCAAAGCCUGUUGGCCCCAGAAGCUCCUAGGUUUGUCCUGUCACUUCCCUCAGACUUUGAAUCGCCCCAAAGACGCAAGGCUUCAAGAAAGGCCAAAGAAGACAACAGCAAUGCCUCCAAUUCAAGACCAAAGAUCAAUAUUGUUGAAACUGACAAUAUCACUAUUCCCGGGCUGGAUGUUAGUCUAAUGUCUUUUUUGAAGACAAACGCUGCAAACAAAACCUAUCUGUACCACAGCUAUGAUUAUGAAUCUAAAUAUCGCAUAACAUCAGUUAUGAAUAAUAUUUUAGAUCUAACAGACAUCUCUGCCAAUAAGAAAAGUUACUCACUAAAUGGCGAACAAUUGGACUCAAUCGUGGCUGCCUUUCCUACCUCACCUCCCGAAAAUUGGAGUCAUACUCUCAACAAGCUAGCGUCAAUAACAGAGAUAGCAGAUUCAUUGCGCCUCAGCGUAGUCAUCCUUAACGAUUGA